ACUGACUGCUUUCUGUUGAGUGAGUUCUGGAAUGCUGCCUUACUGCGCAAUCCCUUCAUACAGCUGCAGGGAAUAUAUGUCCAGCACUGUGCGCUCCGCGCUACCACAGUCCACUAUGGAACGGAAAGGGGAUGACUGGCACAGGACCGAAGGAGAAAGAAGACACCACAAGUCCCAGGAUGACGGGUUACAGGAGCGAGAUGCUGUAUAUUCUGGAGAAGCCCCAGAUGCGAGGCGAGGAGGAGCGGAUUCGAACUUUUGAAAACUGGCGGAGGGACACACCAGUCACCGCGGGCAACCUGGCCAGAGCGGGAUUCUAUUUUCUGGGGCCAGAAGAUAAGGUUCAGUGCUUCUGUUGCGGAGGGAUCCUGCGGUACUGGGUCCAUGGGGACAGUCCGAUCGUCGAACACAAGAGGCACUUUCCCACCUGUAGUUUCGUGCUGGGUAGAGCCGUUGGGAAUAUCCCGCUGUCUGUCGUUUCCAGGUCCCCUUCUGACUCCGUGGACGGCCAGCUGUUGAGCCAGCUCCAGAGGAUGACCGUGGACGACCAGGGAACGGCCGGGCAGGCUGUCUACCCUGAGAUGGAGUUAGAGGAAUCCCGGCUCACCACCUUCCACAACUGGCACACGGGUGCUGCGGUCCAGCCCAAUGUUCUGGCGAGGGCAGGAUUCUUCUACACAGGCCACGGUGACAACGUAAAAUGCUUUCACUGUGACGGAGGGCUGAGGAACUGGGAACCUGGAGAUGACCCCUGGCAGGAGCAUGCCAAGUGGUUCCCACGAUGUGACUUCCUGAUCCAGACGAGAGGACGUGACUAUGUCAGCAAUAUCCAGGCUACCCACUUCCACAGAGAGACUGUGAACCGUUGUGGUCGCUGCAGUGUGUUAGGGCACUCCAGAAUAGAUCCUGAGGGUGGAUUUGUUUUCCAGGGUGGAUCACAGACACCGGUGUCUCAAGAAAUUACUUCAGAAAAUGACGUGGUGGGUGGUCUGGGCACACCCUCAGUCAUGCUGUCUCCUGUGGUCCAGACGGUGCUCCAGAUGGGCUUUGAGGCUGGCCUGCUGGAGAGUCUGGUCCAGACCAAGUACCUGCUGACCGGCCAGCACUACACCUCCGUGUCUGGCCUGGUCACUGACGUACUGGCUGCUGAGGAGGAGGACAGGACCAGGGGGCUGCAGAGCAGAGUCCAGGAGCCGGUGGAGAGACAGGGUCCCAGUGCAGGAGGGGUCAGGACACAGACACCCAUCAGAGAAAAAGUGGGAGACUCCACCCCUGAGGAGCUCCUACGUCAGCUGCAGGAGGAGCGGACAUGUAAGGUGUGUAUGGACAAGCUGGUAUCCAUGGUCUUCAUCCCCUGUGGUCACCUGGUGGUGUGUAGCGACUGUGCUGCCAGCCUGCGUCACUGCCCCAUCUGCAGAGCCACCAUCAGAGGCAGCGUCCGAGCAUUCAUGUCCUGAGAGUCACAUUCAAGUACAAGACCCUUGUGCGUUUGUUGGCCUUUGACAAAUGAAGAGAGAUUCUACAACCCCUCGGGGCGGCUCAUCUUUCUAUAGGUGCUGUGAGAAUUUUGUGAAAAUGUCCCCUGGAUUUUAGAUGCCUGACAGAUCUGACCCAUUCUCCUAACCACUGUUCAGCUGUUGAUUUGCCCUGCUCAAAAUAACCUCCAAAAUCAAAAUGGCUUCUUUUUGGCAGUAGUAGAAGUUGUUGAAUAUAUUUAUUUUGAUACAGUAAACACAUUUCCAAUAUCAUUAUUGGUGUUUACAGAGAUCAACUGGCAGAGCAAGAGUAUCAGUCCAACUGCACAUCAGAUUACAGUUAGUUUGUACAAAUACUAAAAAUAAUCCCUAAAACAAAUGACCCAGAAUCAGUUUAUUAAAAGUACACAUCAUUUGGCCUCCCGAGUGGCGCAGCGGUCUUAGGCACUGCAUCGCAGUGCUUGAGGCGUCACUACAGACCCGGGUGCAACCCGGAGACCCAUGAGGUGGUGCACAAUUGGCCCAGCAUCGUCCAGGUUAGGGGAGGGUUUGGCCGGCCGUGAUGUCCUUGUCCCAUCGCACUCUAGCGACUCCUGUGGCGGGCCGGGCGCAUACACGCUGACACAGAUGCCGGUUGUACGGCGUUUCCUCCGACACAUUGGUGCGGCUGGCUUCCGGGUUGGGCGAGCAGUGUGUCAAGAAGCAAUGCGGAAUGGCAGGGUCGUGUUUCGAUGGACGCAUGGCUUUCGACCUUUGCCUCUCCCGAGUCCGUACGGGAGUUGCAGCGAUGGGACAAGACUGUAACUACCAAUUGAAUACCACGAACUUGGGGAUAAAAAGUACAACAUUUGUUGACAAACUGAUAUUUACACUAUUGAACACAACACAGGUCUGGACAAAUAUGAUUACAUAAUUGAGUCACAUGAAGAGGACUACAGAGGAUACAAAAUAAAGACAAAUACAAAUAGAAAAACAAUUAUCUACAAAGUGGACUUUUUUUUCCAGUGGUAUCCAUUACAUGACCACAAUAGGCUCCGACUAACCAAUGUCAGGCUCUUCCAUUCCCUGUUGCAGAGGCUGUUUUGCAUUGAAAGGAAACAUUUUUUUCCUGUAAAUCUAAUUAUUUUAGGUGUCUAAAGAUAUUUUUUUAUCAAGACAUAAUGUGCAGUGUGUGUUCGCUGUUGGUCAUGAUCCUGGCUACAGUUCAUAAAGUGUAUCUGGUCCUUUGUUCAUAAGUAUUGACAGACAGCCAUGGCUUGGUAUUGAUAAGCUCGGGUUUAUUCAUUGGAGUGCAACAUAGAGUAUUACAGAUAGAAAUGUAAUGCAUAGAGCUGGCAUUAUCUAUGACAGAAUUGCACAAUACAUCUAUAUCUGAAUCUUCUGUAACAUUGCACUGUCCUGAAAUGUUACAUUUACACCUCAAAUUAUACCUUAUUCCCUAUAUAGUGCACUACUUCAGGAUAUCAUUUGGAACAAGGCCCAUAGUUUACAAUCAUUAUUUUUUGCACCAUCACUGAAGCCACUACCACUGUUCUGCAAACGCAUUCAUAUGAAGCCAAUAUCAGUUAAUAUCAUCAGCUCAGAAGCCUGUCUAUCAAGCCCACAAGGGGAUAAGGUGUUGAUCAGGUGCUGGAAACAUGAGACCGAACCAAAUUCCAGUCUCCAUACGUGCUGUGUUCAAGGCUCUUUUGAUUAAGUAGAAAACAAGCUUUGAUUUAACAAGGGUAUUCAUCACAUUCAUGCCACAGCAGAUUGCAUCAAGACAAACGAUACAAAUAAAUACAAAUGAAUGUAGAGCCUUCA